AUGCCUCAAGACUUUGACGCAUUAACAACGGAGGAGAAAUGGGACGCAGCUGAAUCACUCAUCCGCGAUUGGUCCCCACAACAGGGGAUGGGCGGCAACCAGUCCAUGCUUGACACCGCAGACGCCCUUCCCCUACUGACUAGGUUGGCGGAAAAGGUAAAGACAGUAAAUGGCACCAGUGAGCAAGACUUCAUCGAAGCCUGUGAGGCUUAUGAAGGAGUCGUCAUACCUCGCGCAUUUGAAUGGGUCAGACAAAGCGGAGGCAACAACCCACUAGCGUCCGACACUUCAAGGUUUAAGAACAGGGCAAUCAUGCGCCUUCUUUACUUCAUUGGAGAAGCCUCGACGUUCUGGACUUGGGUGGUCUUCAAAAUCACUGGCGUGGACAACUCCAAACAGGACAUUGACUUGCUGUAA